AUGCACCAUCACCCAUUAACACCUCUCUCAGAGGCCGAGACAAAUGCCGCAAGAGAUAUCUACCUUGAAGAGCCCUUGAAAAAGGAUCUCAUCCCUUAUUUACAACUAGAACACUCAGGAAAACUCUGCCCUACUUCUCCUCGUCCCAGGAGAUUGGCCAAAUGCCAAUAUGAUAUUGUCGGCAGUGAACGUGUCCCGGAGUUCCACGAGGCCGUUGUGGAUGUUGAAGGAAAGGUGCGAAUCAGUUAUACCGUUGUUGGGAAACAGCACCAAGCUUCAUUAAUCCUCGCCGAAUUUGACAUCUUCGUCAAAGUCUGCGAGGAAUCACAAAUGUUCAAGGAUGCAGUAGCAAAAUUCAAGCUUCCCGAAGGCUUCGAAGUCGUUAUUGAACCAUGGCCAUAUGGUGGCCGUGAUAGAGUAACUGACGAUAGUCGGUACUUCCAAGGCCUGAUAUUUGCUCAGGACAAGCGCUCCGGAAACCCAAACUCGAAUUUCUAUGCCUUCCCUCUACCUAUCAUUCCAGUCAUGGAUUAUCACAAGCGAGAAAUAGUCCGAAUUGACCGAUUGGCAACAGGCGGCAAGGGCGAAGAUCCCCUGACUCUCCCAGAAGCCACCAGAGAAAAUCCUAUCGGACAUUGCACACCAGCUGAAUAUAUCCCAGAGCUGUUGUCAAACGGCACGCGGAAGGAUUUAAAACCAUUAAAUGUGCUCCAACCGGAAGGGCCCUCGUUCAGAGUUGCUCAAGACGAGUCAUUGGUAGAAUGGCAGAAAUGGAGAUUCCGGGUUGGUUUCAAUCCACGUGAAGGUGCGACAAUACAUGAUAUUCGCUACGACGGAAGAAGUGUUCUUUAUCGACUCAGUCUCAGUGAAAUGACUGUCCCAUAUGCAGACCCACGGUAUCCAUUCCAUAGAAAACAGGCGUUUGACUUUGGAGAUGGAGGUGCUGGAAAUUGUGCAAACAAUUUAUCUCUUGGAUGUGAUUGCUUGGGUGUUAUCAAGUAUUUCGAUGGUGUCGUGACAGACGCCGAAGGAAAUGCGACAGUUGCCCCAAAUGUGAUUUGUCUACACGAGCAAGAUAACGGCAUUGGGUGGAAGCACACCAAUUGGCGUACCGGUCGAGCUGUGGUAACCAGGUCUCGUGAAUUGGUGGUUCAAUUCAUCAUUACACUAGCCAACUACGAAUAUAUAUUUGCGUAUAAAUUCGACCUCGCCGGCGGAAUAUCAGUAGAAUCCCGCGCAACAGGGAUAGUCAGUGUUGUAAACAUUGACCCUGGCAAACAGUCCGAGUACGGAAAUGUCGUCGGUAACGGAGUCCUAGCACAAAACCAUCAGCACAUAUUUUGCAUUCGGAUUGACCCGGCUAUUGACGGGUACAAAAACACGGUCUACAUUGAGGAAUCGCAUGCAGUAGAAAUGAACGACCAAACGAACCCAGAAGGAAAUCUCUACCGGAUCUGCAAAACCCCCGUGGAGCAGUCAAGUUGGUUUGAUGCUGCGCCGGAGAAGAACCGGAUUAUCAAGAUGGUGAAUACAGACAAGAUCAACCCGAUAAGCCAAAGACCUGUGGGAUACAAGUUCACGCCUAUGGCUACCCAGCUGCUUCUCGCGGAUAAACGCUCUAUUCAGGCUAGGCGUGCCCAGUUUGCUCAACACCAUGUAUGGGUCACAAAGUACCGGGACGGCGAGCUCUAUGCUGGUGGCAAGUAUACGUUGCAGAGUCAGGAAGAAGUCGGGGGAGUCUCAGAUGCCGUGAAACGAGGCGAGAAUGUGGCAAAUGAGGAUGUUGUGGUCUGGAGUGUUUUUGGGAUCACUCAUAAUCCUCGUGUGGAAGAUUGGCCGGUUAUGCCAGUGGAAUGCUACCAACUCAAUAUUCGACCGACCGACUUCUUCACGGAUAAUCCAGCCAUUGACGUGCCAUCGAACAGAAACAUGUCUUCGCAACUGGUCAGGUCGGAUGAUUGUUCGAAAUGUAAUCUUUGA